UGCCAACAAAAUGCAGAAGCAAGUGGAAAUCAGAAUGCAUGAGAAUCAUCUGGACCCUCCUUCACCACCUGAAGAGUCCAUGUGUGGAGGCUGCUGUGACAAAAUCAUGAAGAAUCUGAUACUCAUGCUCACAAUUCUUGGUGUGAUCAUUGGUUCAGUAGCUGGUAUUCUACUGCGGUAUGCAUCCCCACUCCCUCCUGAUGUCAUUAUGGUCAUUGCCUUCCCGGGUGACAUUCUCAUGAGGAUGUUAAAAAUGGUGAUUUUGCCUCUGAUCAUCUCAAGUUUGAUCACAGGAUUAGCAGGGUUGGAUGCCAAGUCCAGUGGUCGUCUAGGCACAAGGGCCAUGGUGUAUUACAUGUCUACCACCAUCAUUGCAGCUAUGUUGGGGGUGAUCUUAGUGCUCCUCAUCCACCCUGGUAACCCCAAACUGAAGGCAAACCUCGGUGAGGGGAAAAAAAACGAUGAAGUGUCCAGUUUAGAUGCCUUCUUUGAUCUCAUCAGAAAUCUGUUUCCAGAAAAUCUCGUUCAGGCUUGUUUUCAGCAGAUCCAGACUGUUAGUAGCAAGGUAGAAGUAGGUCCUCCUCCACAUCCAAAUCGGUUUGGACGAAAUGCAACCAAGAGCGCAGCAAAAUAUGUGAUUAAGAAGUCUCUUCAAUUCAAGAGUGGCAUGAAUGUUUUAGGUCUCAUUGGGUUCUUUGUGGCAUUCGGGAUUUGCAUGGGAAAGAUGGGAGAAAGGGCCAAGCUGAUGCUUGAGUUCUUCAACGUUCUCAACGAGAUCGUUAUGAAGCUUGUCGGCAUGAUCAUGUGGUAUUCCCCCAUUGGUAUUGCGUGUUUGAUCUGUGGCAAGAUCAUUUCAAUUAAUGAUUUGGAAAUGGUGGCCAAGCAGCUGGGAAUGUACAUGGUCACUGUCAUCGUUGGACUUAUUAUUCACGGAGGGAUUUUCCUUCCCUUAAUAUAUUUUAUUUUUGUUCGGAAAAACCCAUUCACGUUCUUCAUGGGAAUUUUCCAGGCAUGGGUCACCGCUUUAGGAACAGCUUCAAGUGCUGGGACAUUACCUGUUACUUUCCGCUGUCUGGAGGAAAAUCUGGGCAUCGACAAGAGAGUGACUCGUUUUGUAUUACCUGUUGGAGCAACAAUCAACAUGGAUGGUACAGCACUUUACGAGGCUGUAGCGGCCAUCUUUAUUGCCCAGAUGAAUGGAAUAGAACUUGAUCCUGGUCAGAUUGUGACAGUGAGCCUUACGGCGACUCUCGCUAGCGUAGGAGCAGCAAGUAUUCCCAGUGCUGGCCUGGUGACGAUGCUUCUGAUCUUGACAGCUGUGGGUCUACCGACUCAAGACAUCAGUUUGCUGGUAGCAGUCGACUGGCUGCUUGAUCGUUUCCGAACAUCAGUCAAUGUCGUUGGUGACUCGUACGGGGCGGGAAUCGUGUACCACCUCUCCAAAGAUGAGCUUGACCUGUUCGAUGCACAGCAGAUAAGGCCAGAUGACUUUGAGAUGGCCAAGACACAAUCCUUUUUUGAGAAUAACACUAACCACGGUGUAUAUGCAUCUCACAACUCCUAUCAGCCGGUCCAAAUAGAUGACUGCAAGUCUUUCAGCAUUCUGUAAGGAAUCCCGCUGCAGCUAAUUAUUAUCUGUCCGGUGGUGGGUACAUUUCUGUGAAUUCGGAUAUAAAUUGUGCUGUUAAAAUAUCAAACUACCUGGAUUCUCUGCUCCAAACCAUAAACAGUUUAGUAAGCACUGGUUAAUGCAUUUUGACUGUGCCUUGGUUCAAUAGUUAGUUGUUCCUGAUAAUUGC